AUGUCGACCGGUGAUCUCUCAGAGGAUUCUGUCACGUACCUUGAGGAAAAGCACAUCAAACCACUGCUGGAGGAACUCUUCCAUGACGUGUUGCUGCACCUCCCAGAAGACCCACUAGAGUUCCUGCUGAGGUCGCUCGAGGGCAAAACUUCGUUGCGGAUGAUGAUUGUCGGGCCUUCCGGGAGUGGGAAACUAACACAGUCGCGCCGUAUCGCACAGAAAUACGGCGUGGUCCUCGUCAAUGCUGAUGAAAUAUUUCGUGAGGAGAUGGAGAAAAAUAUGGAGGAGGGCAAGACGAGAGCAAGCUGGUUUCGGGAAGGAAACGCGGUUCCCAGCGAUGUCGCCGCAGAACUCAUCAUAAAGCGGCUGAACGCAGAGGAUGCUGCUCGCAAUGGGUGGGUGCUCGACGGGUUCCCUCGCACCCGAUCGCAGGCGCUGCGGCUGCAGGAGGCCGGCAUGUCGCCGAUGCUCUUCGCUGUGCUGGAUGUGCCGGCGGAGGUGGCGGUGCAGCGCUGCGCUGGGCGCCGCUACGACCCCAUCACGCAGAAUGUUUACCACGAGAAGUACGUGCUGCCGCCGGCGGGAACAAUGGUGGAGCCCACGGAGGACGGCGAUGCAUCCCUCGCAACGGUGGUGGGCAGGUGGAAGUACUUUGACGCGAGGAAGGAUGAACUCAUCGAGUGCUAUGAGCCGUUUUUUGUGCGCAUUAACGGGGACCAGUCGGUGGAGCGUGUGUUUGAGGAGGUGUGCGAGCAGGUGGACUCUCGGUUCGUCUCGGUGUAG